AUGAAUAAAUUGCCACAACAACAACUAGCGCGAAAACGUGAAAAAUCCGAAGUUAAAAAUCAUCCAUUCUUGAUUGGUCGCGCUAUUUUGGUUGACUCGUUUCAAAUUAUACCGGAAUCUCAUCUGUAUAACAGAUAA